UUGAAGUCGAAUUAUAAGGAAUAUUACUUUCAUUAAUCGUUUAAUUCCGAUAUAUAUAGUUUAUUUUUAACUAAAUUAGAGACAUGAAAGCACACCAUUUUCAAUUCUCUAUGCACAAAAAACAAAAUAGUGACGGAGAAAGAAAGAAAAGAUACUUCCUUGGAGCUGUAUAUCCUCCUCUAGGACAGCUAAUCUAGACCUUGUAAUCACCAUUUUCUGGCCAGUUUCUCCACACCAUGCAUACACGUCGAACCAUUUCUAACCUUUCGGUGCUUAGUAAGUAUAACCCAAAGUUGUUUCUAGUGCCGACCGUCGCCGGUGGUAUUACGUCGGGAUUUUCUAUGUAUUUCCAAAGGCCUAUAUGUUUCCCUUCACCAGACCCACAUUGGAGCUGACAUUAGAGAUCAAGCAUUGUAGCUUAACAUUUAUAUUAACUAAUCUCCAAUGGCUUCUUAUCAGCUUAUUGCCCUGGCCCUUGUCACGAUUUUUCUUCCCACGCUCACCAUGGCAGCCGAGCACAUUGUUGGUGAUGAACAAGGGUGGACCGUUAAUUUUAACUACACAACUUGGGCUAGUGGAAAAGUAUUUCAUGUUGGUGAUACACUAGUGUUCAAUUACAAGCCACCACACAAUCUCUUCAAGGUGGACGGCGCCGGCUUUAAGGACUGCGCAGCAACAGGAGAGCCCAUGACUAGCGGAAACGACAUAAUAACACUAAGCAGCCCAGGAAAGAAGUGGUAUAUCUGUGGCUAUGGCAAACAUUGUUCUGAGCUUGGCCAGAAGCUAGUCAUCAAUGUAGAGGCUGAAACUCCAGCACCAACUCCAGAACCUAAUGCUGCUUAUGGACUUGCUGCUUCCUGCUAUCAGAUUUUUGCGGCAGCGGUGGCUGUCGUGGCAAUGAUCGCGGCAUGAUUUACCACUGAUAUGAUGUAAUUUCUGUUUUCAAGCAAAGAAAUAAAGGUUUCACGAGCGUGGGGCAUUUUGACUAUCCUGGAAAUGCAGCAUAGUCAAGCCCUAGUUUCAUAAAUUACAGAUGUACGCAGCCCAAUGUGAGGGCAUGACAUGCACACACAAGCGCACACAACAAAGCAACAAAUUUAUUUAUUAGUUUAAUUAAUCUAAGAUAUUAAUGUUCAUCUGUGCCCACGAUGAUCUAGAAUUAUGAUUAGAGGAGCUCUUUAUUUCUACAGAAUCCAGAAAGAUGGCCUAUGCAUAUCCCUUCAAAUGAUCAUUAAUAAUAACCUAUGGAUGUACGAAGAGUUUGAUCGGGAAUUA